CUAUUUAUUUGGGUUUUCUGUUCAUUUGUGGUUUGUUUUUGUUUGUUUGGUUUGUUUUUCUUUUAAAGUGCCAGGGAGAACUGUAAGUUUUAAUCAGAAUAAGAUUUAGGCACUUAAAUAUCUUUGUGAAAUUGGUUUUGAAUAGUCUGUUGAAAGGUAGAAGGAUUGAAGCCAAAGUAUUCUUUGGAAAAAUGAAAUAGAUUAUCCCAGUUGCACUGUCUGGCAUUAUCUAUAAACAAUGCAUUUAGUGGAAUAGUUUCUCUAGAAUUUAAUUCUUCUCACAGUGUCUUCACCAACUGCUUCACUACAGCUCAGCAAAGCUCAUUCUUUUCAGUACUUCUGUGUUGCCCAGAUACAAAAUGCUGUUUGCUGCUACAAAAUAGCACUUAUUUCUUGCCAUUCUCCUCCUGAUUUUCCUAUCCCUGAGGACUAACUGCAGCGUUAGUGUGGUGCAGCCAAGCCCAGGGGCUGUGGGGACAUCACACCUGAACCAGAGCCCUGCCCCAGCCCUGCCCGUCCCACGCCCCAGUGCUGAUUUCCGUGGAUUUCGGAUUUCACUUCUCUCUGGGCAUGGCUGAAGGCACUGGGGGAUUUUCCACUUGUGUUUGUCUCCUCCUUGUCCUGCAAUGUCUGUUCCUUCAAACACAGCAGCUGCACCAAGAGUCAAACCUUGGUUCUUAAUCAUGUACAAAUCAUGUUCCUAAUCAUGUUCCAUCCUCUGUGGAAAAGAAUUUACUCUUGUGGUGUUUUGAAGAGAUAAACAGGUAUUUAUAACAUUAUUAACUAAACAGCAUUUGAGAUUAAAUUGUGGAACUUGUUUUAAUAGAGUGUAGAAAUAAUGAAUGAAUUGUACUGGAAACUCUACAAAGACACUGAGAAGAUCAAGCAGUGGAAACUGGCUGUGGAAUCAGAACUAAACCAGAAAGAAAGUGCAAGAAAAUAGAAAGGUUAUUGAAGCACAGCAUAAAGACAUUCAAGAGCUGCAGGCCAGGAUAGUACAAUAUACACUGAACAGAUGAACCAAAGAGAAAAUGCUUCUUGAUUUAGCAUGACAAUAUUACUAAUACAAUUAAAUACUAAAGAAUGUUGCAUGUUGAUUUUUACAAUGAGAAAAUGAUUAUUCUGAGCAGGGGUGUGCACCUGUCCUGUGUGAAUGUGUGGGUGAAGAAACUGCAAGUGUUUCAGUUGCUGGUAAAUUAUUGAUUUUUAUUCUUCCUUUCAUGCAAAAGAUGACUCAGCAUGGAAUAUCAGAUUAAUCAGACUUCUGUCUUCUGAUGAACAAAAAUACUUUUCCAUGCGAGAUUUGAGAAACAAAAGUUUAUUUCUAGGAUAUUUUUCAAUAACAAUGUAGUUUCCUAUUUGUUCACUUUGAAAUUAGUUUGAACAUGAAAAACUCACUUUAAAACUGGAAGAUGAGUAAGUAAUACAAAUUUAUUUUUAUGAAGCAUUUUUUUGUGCUGACAACAGUGCUGGCAUGAACAGGAAUGUUUAACUGUUAUAUUGUAAAGGUCAUUACAUUAUUAAUCCUCAGGCCCAGGAAGUUUGUGCAUUCCUGUGACACAUAUUAUGGGGUUUUUCUCUCUUUUAGAAGCAUUACUUUGAGAUUUCUGUGGUCACUUCACAGAGAAGUCCAGCAAACGUAAAUGCUCUUCAAUUCUGCUUUUAAUUCUGUUGGAAUUUGUGUUUUGAUUUUGGAGAACUUUCCCAAGACUUGAUCAAUACUUGGCUAAGACCAGCCACUUUAUUUAACUUGAAUUCUGCUUAUUAGACACAGGGACAACUGAAAGUAGAAUCUGUCCUUUUUCCUUCAUUAUAAUGCUAUUCUUAUUCUGUUUGAUUUCAGCUCUAACCAUAAAGAGUGAUGAAAAAGAUGAUUUAAUAGGAGACAUCAAGGCUCAGCUGCAGGACUCACAAAAUCAAUUUGCUGACUUAAUAGAAUCAAAAAGUAAGAGUUCACUUUGCUACAGUAAAAUAUAAUUGCUUAUAGAGGUAUAGAAAACAGGAUCAUGACAAUUUUACUCUGUUACUAGUCAGCAGCAGAAUUUUGGGGCAUUGUAGGCCCUAUUUUUGUCUGGAACAGACAAAUGAUGUGGGAUCAGGACUGGAAGGGUAGUUUUUAGGACAACUCAACCAGUGAGAACUUUUGAAGAUUACAAGAGGAAAACACAUUACUUGAGUUUUACACACUUAUAGUUAGGUUCCACUGAGGAAGUAUACUUUUCAGAACCGGAUUUUCAAUAUUUUAAGCAAUUUAUACUAAAAUAUUUAUAGACUACAAUACAAAUAUGUUUGAUCUUUGUUAAAAUUGAUAAAUAUAUGUAAUACUACAUUUUAGUAGCUUUUUAAAGUAAAUAUCCUAUUUUUUUAAACAUAAAGGUGGAUUGAAAAUUCAGUUCUGUAAAGACAAAUAUUGAGCAUUUACUUCUUCUAUUCUGUCACACCUGGGGCAGAGUUUUACCUUUAGCAUUUUUAUGCUACUGGGUUGGUACUGUUCAUCCUUGACAAUACUGCAGGAGGCUCUGGAUUGUCUUUGGUGCCGAUUUGUUGUUUGUUUUUUUUUUGCUUUGCCCUCAGCACAGUGAUUGUGUAUCUUAGACUAACAAAUAUCUAGACUUUCCAAAGAAAUGAAACCAAAUCCAAAGGGCGCUAUCAUCUGAGCCAAACAGCAAAUUGGAUUAUGAAGCAUUUUCAGACCAUAAAUGGAGAUUGCUGGCAUAUGAUAUGCAACAAAGAGAUUUGCUGUUUUAAUCUGUGGUUGAUAGGAAAUGCUGCUGCUAAUCCUAGGAAAGAAAGAGAAGAGCAGCCUGUGAAUCUAUAAAUUUGAGAGAUGAGAGCUGUGUUUCAAGCAGUUACAGAGACUCGAAUAGGCAGAAUAGCUUUGAAAAUUCAGCAGCCACAGGCUGUUUAAAUGCAAAACCUGGCAAAAACACUUGUUUCUAUGGCAGCAUAUCAGGAUCUUAUUUCCUUUUAUCAGUGGAGGGCUGGAACUGGAUGGAGUUGGCAAUAAUUCCUCUACCAGAAUACUCAUCUUUCAGAAUCUGAUUGCUUUUGUCUGUUUUUCAUCAGCAGAGCUUCCAAUUAUUGGUUGUUUGCAAGUGUGGACAUGUUUUUACUUUACUAUCUAUAGCUGCAUAUUUCAUGGAAAUAAGAGUGGGCCUGCUCUGUAAGUAACCUGCUCAUGGGAUCACAAAGUUUUCUUUGUGUUGUACCACUACCAGGGGCAGAGUGAGCAGGAAUAAUGUCUGAUAACUUCUGACUGUUCCUCCUUUUAUUUUAGGCAUUGAUCAGUGACAGAGAAUCCUAUUAAAUUACUGUUACAUACGAGCUUCUGGUAUGCACUGAAUUUCUGUAGCCCAUUACGGAGACUCCUGGGGAAUGAACCCAAGGUUUUUAUAAUUACUAAAUUCUAUUUACAGAUAUCACUUGAAGCACUUCCUGUAGAACAUCAGCACACCAUCAUUCACUUAAUGAAAGAGUAAAAUCACUGAUGUCAGGGAAUGGAUUGGUUUGGUUAACAGAAAGGUUAAAGAUAAAUAAUUAACAGUGUAACUGGCUGUUCCAGAACAGGGCUGCAAAGCUGGGCUAUAAAAGCACAUUAAAAAUUUCUAUCACUGAGUCUCUGCAGGUCAGCAGGAGGGUAACCAAAGAAACAGAUCCAUAAGUAUCAGACUGUGGAUGAUGGAUUUUAGGAAACUGCAUGGAAGAAGCCUCAGGCACUCACAAAUUGUGACACUGGACUUUGUUGUCCUGCACAGUCUUUUGUCUUGCUUCUCCCUGUAGCUUAUGGGAUCUCACUCCCAUCAGAGAGCUCAGUAAUGAAUGUUCCAUGGUCACAGCCAUAAGGACAAUCCAGGAGCUUUUUUGCCAGCUUGACAGUUUGUGUAAAUGACUGAAUAUACAUCAAUACCACCCUUUUGAUGGGCAGGAUAACAGUGCCAGCAAGGGAAAGGCAGCAGCCAGGAGGUUCUGUGACCAUAUCAGCAUGGGGCUGAGCUGAUAAGCAGCACUCACAUUGGCCCCAAGCUCCACUCAGAGUCAUUUAUUGCCUUUCCAGAUAAAUGAAUUUUCACUCUUAAUACCUGGUCAGGUAUUUCCCCAGUACAGUGCAGAGUGUUCAGAGGCUGGGUAAAAACCUUGCAGUGCAUAAAGGUACCACUGAGAUUAAACCAACUGCUCCAGUGGUUGAUAAUUGCCCGCACUCAGUAUCCCCACACAGGGAUGACAGCUCUAAACCUUCCUGACAGGGGAGCUCUGCACAGAUGGAACCAAAGACAUUGCAUCUGUGCAAUUGCUUUAACAACCAAAUUUGUAAUCACUGCAAACAAUGAAAUUGGGUUUUUGUGGCAUGACCUAUUUUAUGUAACAUCAGUAAUUACAUUUUCAUCCGUUAAUUCUUUAUUGCUCAAAUCCUGUCUCAAUUUUCUGUUAUUUUACCUGGCUGGUGGAGAGUUACCUGGGUCAACACUUUUUCCUUAAAUAUUGCCAUUAUAUUAGCACUUUCUUUUAAUGUUUUGAAAUUUCCUCAGUAUUCCAGACUUCUUGUAAUGAGCAUUAGCUAGCUAAUAAUGUUGAGUUUAAAAUAUUUUAUUCCUUAUAUAUUUAUUCAAUAAUUUUUGUUGCAGAUCUGUGUGUGGUUGUUCAGUCACUAUGUUUUCAAAAGCACAAGUACUUAGUGAAGCCUUUGCACUUACUCUGCAUCAACAGCUUGUCUUCAUCUUGUAAUGUUCCCUGACUUUAUUGUUGGCCUCUGGCCUCCAGAAGUUUAUUUCCUACUCUUCAGCUUUCUGUGCAAGUUUUCUGCAUAUUCUCACCUCUAACAGAUAUUGUUGUUGGUUUUCCUCUAUUUUUGUUGCUAUAGUUUUUAUUGCUGCACUCUCUUUUUCAUCUUUAUUAUGACUUUCAAACCUCAUUACAGCUUGCUGCUGAUGUUUGCAGACAUCUCACUAAAUCUUGUUAAGGCAAAUUCUUAAACCUUUUUUUCACACUAAUCUCCCCCUCCUCCUUACACCCAGUUUUCUCAGCUCAGAGAAAUUGGCACUUUGAGGCAGCAAAGAGUACAUGUCCUCACACUCUGACCUGUUCUCUGUCUAUGUUCUUACAAAGGAUGUUGAGACAUUUAAACCUGGCUGUGGUGGUCUCCAGGGUGCAGAAAUGCAGCUCCAACUCCCUAAAGCUGUGAAUCUUUAGAGGAAAGAAUCAGCUGUGCAUGCAAGGCUUACAUAUCAUAUUUUUGCUUUAAGAAUGCUGGUUUUUUAUUCUUACUGUGAUAAUUUUUUGUCCUCUCCAGGUUUUAGUUUUAUGAAUUUUUUCAGGUUCUUUGUGUCCUUUGAAAUAGUCUCUGUAUUUCCCAAGAACAAACAUUCUUUUCUGUGGUUAAAGCUUCAAACUACCAAGCCCAUACACGUGUAUGUUGUGUGUGUGUGUACAGUGUAUAUAUACACAUAUACAUUAUCUGUGUGGGGUUGUGUAGUGUAUACGGAGAGAACCUGAGUGUUUGUAUUCCAAAAAUAUCAGAAAAAUACAGAGUUAAUAACAUACUGGUGUAAUAGCAAAGUGAGUGUUACUCUGCUGUUGCUAAGUGAGAUGGACAAAAAUAAAGAGUACAAUUAAUACUCUGCUGAUGUCCCUAAGCCAGAAAGAGGUUUAAAUAGAAUUAAAUUAUAUUUCAUUCCUGAGAAAUUAACCCAGAAUUAAAGACUCCAUGAAAACAGAAAGCAUUUGGCUAGUCUUAAGUGAACAAAACCUCCAUUAUGUUAUCCUAAAAAUGCUUGAAAAAUCAGUGCAGGACAGAGACUUGUGUGCAGCAGUCUGAAACCACAGGAAAAGGAGACCCUGUUGUGCAGGAAUUAGCUGAACACCAACUGGAUCACUCCUCCAACAGCUCAAAGUAACCACAUUUACCACCUCAAACUCACGUUUUCCAUGCUUCUCAUGGCUAUGUAAAUCAGGAAUGUGGUUGACCUGCAUAAGACCAUCUGAUCAGAUUACAUCCAUCAAAUCAGAUUACAAAUAGGAGUUAGGUGAUGGCCUGGAAGGGCACGUGUUCCCAGAGCUGCAGGGAGGGGCUGACACAGAACAGUGGUUUUGUAGACCACUUCUCCCUCUUGCUCUCCCAAAUGUGAGUGUUUUCCCCCAUCUGGGGACAUUGUUUCAUUGGUAUUGAUGCAAUAUUUUGUUUUUUACUGUGCUGCAAGGAGUGGUUUUGUAAGUUUUUUCCCUAUCAAUCAGUAUUCAGUGAAUUGCUUGUUGCUUCAAUGUUUGCUGAGAAGGCUCCAGGCCAGCCAAUUUCUGAGCGUGCUUUGCUUGAGCAGGUAAAUCAGUCUGUGCCAGGCUGCAGCGCCAUGGGUUUGAUUUCAGAUUUGUUGCUUCGUGAGCACUGCACAGACUUAGAGAACUCCAGGAUGGUUUACGUUGGAAGGAACAUUAAAGCUCAUCCUAUCCCACCCCCUGCCAUGGGCAGGGACACCUUCACGAUCCCAGACUGCUCCAACCUGGGGCACUUCCAGGGCUGGGACAGCCGCAGGUCCCCAGGCACCCUGUGCCAGCAUCUCGCAGCUGUGCCUGGCAAGGAGCAAGCAGAGUGAACCAGAGCUCAUUAAACCUUAGCAAAACACAGGUGUAAAAUUCAGCAGCUGUGAUUCUGGAGGACUCCAUAUCCAUGCCAGCCUUCCUGCCAUGCUCUUGCUGUCCUAUGGAGCAAUUAAAUUAAUCAAUAAUAACUUUUUAAAAGCGCUGGUUAGUUUAAAAGCCUGAGGAGGGAAUUACUGUUAAUAUAAUUAGAUUUCCAGCUCCAGUUUCCAGGUUAGGAUAUUAUGGACAUGUUUGUUCCUAUCACAUUUGCUUUGUGGUUCAGUAUGAAUUUUCAAUAGAUGACUUUGUGAUAAGAAAGCAGCAGUUGAGAUGCAAUUACAUAAACAGUAAGAUCAGCCAGGAGAGUAUAAAGCACACACAGAGCUUGUGCUGGGUCACUGCCUCUCCCAGCUCAAGGCAGAAUCAGGUUCCUGUAAUAGGGAAGAACUCUGCUGACAAGAGGUUGGUCUUUCCAGACUGGUGGUGUUGCAGCUACAGGGUAAACCAGCCUGUGAAAUGGAUGGCUUUGCUAUGGGAAACUGGCAGCUGGAAGAGACUAGAGGGUGAUGUCCUGUUGUUGGUAGACACUGUCAUUUAAAGUUUAUCAUUUAGAGGCUCUAGAGUAGUUCCUGAAAUUGUCUUGGAGCUAAUCAAGGCUUUGUUCUCAGGAUCCCCCUGCAGGUCUGAGAAAUGAGGUCAGAACAACAGACAGAUAAAGCAGGAUUCAUUAAGUGGAACUCUUUGCUGAUGGUCUUUAUUGUAAUUUGCUUGAAUUUUUUAUUUAGUUCUUGGCCGUGUUCCCAUCUCAUCAUGCCUCUAAGCCACUGGAAAUUGAAAAAUCCAGUUUUAUGCCUGAUAUGCACAGCCUUGUCUUUUUGUCUCUUUAACAUUUUAUAAGAUGCUUUCUUUAGAAAAUUGUUUUAAAGCGGUGAGAUUAUUUUAUUAUCUCUGCUUAAUGCUAGAGCUCAUGUUAUCUUAUGUGUCACACUUUCAUAUCUUUCAGCUCCUCUUAUUUGUUCUAUGCCAGGAUUUUAUCAGUCACAAGUGAGAAAAUCCAUGUAAUACGCUUUAGCGGGGGGAAAGUGAACUUGUUCUAUGUUGUUAAUGGCCUCUUUGCCCUUGUUCUCUGUUUAAUGGUCAGUAUUAUUUCAAUAAGGACUGAGAUUGGAAAGAAAUUGUCAGGCUGUAGCUAGAAAUGUUAAGAUUACUCCAGGUCUGUGGCUGUCCUGGCUGCUCCUGUCGCAUGCUGAGGACAUGGCUGGAAGGUACAUCCCAUUUUACCUGUGGCUUGCUCUGUUUGUUUCUUCUUCCCCAUCCAGCAUGAGUCCCUUCUUUGUGCUGUCUCUCCUCUUCGGCCUGAUUUUCGGACAAACAGCAUCACUCUGUGCUCCUUCUGAGUACACAAUCCAUGUGGAGAAACGAGAGUGUGCCUAUUGCCUGGCCAUCAACACCACCAUCUGCGCUGGAUUCUGCAUGACUCGGGACAGCAACGGCAAGAAGCUGCUUCUCAAGAGUGCUCUGUCCCAGAACGUGUGCACCUACAAAGAGAUGCUGUACCGGACAGCGCUGAUCCCGGGCUGCCCUCACCACACCAUCCCCUACUACUCCUACCCCGUGGCUGUGAGCUGCAAGUGUGGCAAGUGCAACACUGACUACAGUGACUGUGUCCGUGAGAGGGUCAGGACAAACUACUGCACUAAGCCACAGAAGCUCUGUAACCUGUAAAGCUUUCAGUGGGAUGUGGGUGAAAUGUACUGCUCUGCUCACGCCUCAACAGAAAUAAAACUGUUUCAUAUUCGGUUUGCAAA